GUAGGACUUAUGAAAAAAAAAAUUCAUGAAUAAUUUGUAAACAUUAUAUUUAGGUUCGUAACUUGAACAACCCUACCACUAACCAUUAGCAUUAGAGCAGCUCUUUUGUACGUUUUGGCGGGCACUCUUAAAUUAACAACUCACUCCAGAGUAGUUACCGCUUCCUUCUCCGGCGGAUUCAGUAAAAUGGGGGAGCAGGAACAAGAAAGCGUCGAGCUUGAAGCCGGAGAAGUCAUGGAAGAACAACCGACGACCGACGAUCAGUCUGACUAUUCCUCUUGGCCGCCGGCGAUUCGUUUUGAUAUUCCUCCUCACAAAACCUACCAUUUUUCCAGACAUUUCAGAGCCUCGUCUAACCCUAAUAACUUCCUCAAGGGCGUUAAAUGGUCGCCGGAUGGUUCGUGCUUUCUGACGAGCUCUGAUGACAAUACUCUUAGUUUAUUCACAUUACCAGAUUAUGACAACUGUACAGACGAAAACUCUUGUUCUUCAGCUGCUAUUGAAGAUUCAUUUCCUGCAAGCCUUGCUUUGACUGAGGGAGAAGCCAUAUAUGAUUACUGUUGGUACCCUUACAUGUCUGCUUCAGAUCCAGUCUCUUGUGUGUUUGCAACCACCACUCGUGAUCAUCCUAUUCAUCUUUGGGAUACUAGCACAGGACAGCUACGUUGCACAUAUCGAGCAUAUGAUGCCAUGGAUGAAAUAACUGCUGCCUUCUCAAUCGGUUUCAACCCCACAGGAACAAAGAUAUUUGCUGGCUACAACAAAUCCAUCAGGAUAUUUGAUAUUCAUCGUCCUGGUAGAGAUUUCCAACAACAUUCAACCAUCCAAGGAAACAAGGAAGGACAAUCAGGUAUCAUAUCAUCAAUUGCCUUUUCUCCAAGUCAUACAGGGAUGCUUGCUACAGGGUCUUAUAGUCAAACUACAGCAAUACAUAGGGAAGACAAUAUGGAACUUUUAUAUGUCCUACAUGGUCAAGAAGGAGGGGUAACACAUGUUCAAUUCUCCAAAGAUGGGAACUAUCUUUACACCGGGGGACGAAAGGAUCCAUAUAUACUUUGUUGGGAUAUACGCAAUACGGUUGAAAUUGUAUACAAGUUAUAUAGAUCAACGGAAUCCACCAAUCAACGGAUACAGUUUGACACAGAGCCAUACGGUCGAUAUCUUGGAACUGGUGGACAGGAUGGUUUGGUACAUAUGUAUGAUCUUCAAACGGGUCAAUGGGUAUCCAGCUUUCAAGCUGCAUCAGAUACUGUUAGUGGUUUUUCUUUCCAUCCGUUUUUGCCAAUGGCUGCCACGUCAUCAGGGCACCGUAGAUUCGUAGGUCUUGAUGAGUCUGAUGAAGAAUUGAGUUUGACUUUACGAGAUGAUGAGAAUUGUGCUUCAGUUUGGGGUUUCUCGGUGUAUUCAGCUGAGGAUUAUGCUGCAAACACGUCCCUUGGAGACUCAAAUGGUCAACUUGAUCAAGAAAAUUCGUAA